AUGGAUGGUAGAGGAGGGUGUUGUAUUGCAAGAUAUGCAGGAGGUGGAGGAGGAGCGUACGAUAUGGCGAAGGUGGACCGGAUAAUGUUAAGGUUCAGGCCAAUAGCGCCUAAACCAGCCACGGCCACCGCUGCUUCUUCUGUUUCAGGUGGUGGGUCGUCGCCAGAAGUGAGUGACGUCAGCCCUAGGUCUGGUAGAGGCAAGAGAAAGAACAACAAUACCAGUAGUGGUAAUAAUAGCAAGAAGUGUAAUAGUGGUGGUGGUAAUAGAAAAAGAAAGGCUUUAAGUGAAGAUAAUAAGGUGGUCGUGGUUGAUUCUGUUGUAACCUUGCCCCUCUUGCCUGAAACACCUGACCGGAGUGAUUUCCCGGCCAAAGAAACUAAGUCAGAAGUGGGUUUGGGUUCCGUUUCGCCUAAGCAAGUUAAAAGUAUGCCUACGUGGCUUAGUUUUGGUGGCAAUGUGAAAGAUCAUGAUGUUGGUCAUAAUCAGACGGUGGACUUUGGUGUGUCAGCAGAUCGGACGGCUGUGAUGCCACGACUGAUGAACAUAUUGGGGUCAUGUGUCACAGUUGAAUGCGUGACUGACACGUGGGUGGAUGUGGAUGUGUUAGGGCGUACAGAUGGGGAGAAGAGGGUUAAUCUGGAGAAGGACACGUGCCCGGGUUUUAUAUCUGACGGUUAUGGUAGGGUGACGUGGACAAAUGAGGCUUACAGGAAGAUGGUGGGCCAGGGGAAGGGAGGAGAUCAUCAGGUGUUUGUGUGGUUGGCGAUGAAGGAGAAAGUGCCAAUGGCGGUAACACUAGCAGGUCACAAGGCUUUUACGUGCAGGGUUAGGGUGCAGUACCAGAAGUACGACACGUUUGGGGCUAACGGGAAAGAGAAGAAUUCGAUGAUUACAGUGCCGUGUGAUGUGUGGAGAAUGGACGGUGGUAGUUUUGCAUGGAGAUUGGACGUCAAGGCUGCUCUUUGUUUGGGCCGGUAA